AUGGUUGCCUCAUCCAGUGCGGAUCGAAAUCUUCAUUCUGACUUCUUGUGGCACAGCGAAAACUCCUACCGACUACACUGCCUGUCGAUUGCAUCAUGCGUUGUUUCUUCUACUGAUACUGGUCAUAAUUUUUAUUUGAAAGUAAUAAGAAUGAGCGGACUCAUCACGGUCCCUGACACUAUAAAUUUCCCUUCUGAAGAGGAAAAAACGUUGAAAAUUUGGAAUGAAAACAAAGUUUUUGAGAAGUCACUCAAAUUGGCUAGCGAUAGGCCCCGCUAUACUUUUUUUGACGGCCCACCUUUUGCCACUGGCCUUCCUCACUACGGUCACAUUCUAGCAGGAACUAUCAAAGACGUUGUUACAAGAUGGGCACAUCAAGACGGGUACUAUGUGGAACGUCGCUUUGGUUGGGAUACGCACGGUUUGCCUGUGGAGUAUGAAGUCGACAAGAAGUUAGGGAUCAAAGGACCUAGCGAUAUUCUAGAAAUGGGGAUCGGAAAGUAUAAUGCAGAGUGCAGAAGUAUAGUUAUGAGAUAUUCGCAUGAAUGGGAAACUAUGGUUGCUCGAAUGGGGCGGUGGAUCGAUUUCCGAAACGAUUACAAAACACUUUAUCCAUGGUUCAUGGAAAGUGUUUGGUGGGCGUUCAGUGAACUCUUUAAGAAAGGAUUAGUUUACAGAGGUGUCAAGGUGAUGCCAUACUCUACUUCCUGUACUACUCCACUCUCAAAUUUUGAAGCUGGUCAGAACUACAAAGACGUCGUAGAUCCUUGUGUUUGCGUCGGAUUUCGAUUAGAUGAAAAUCAAAAUCGUAUGAUGGUGGCAUGGACAACUACUCCGUGGACUCUUCCCAGUAACCUAGCUCUCUGCGUACAUCCUGACUUAGACUAUGUUGUGGUUAGAGAUCCUGGGAGCGGGAUGGAGUACGUUGUUCUGGAAGAGAGAUUGUUCGAGUUGAAAAAUGAACACUUGGAACUUAUAGAAAAGGUGAAGGGUCGCGUUUUUGAAGGAAAAGCCUACGAACCUUUGUUCCCUUACUUCAGCUACAUGAAGGAAGAGAGGGGUGCAUUCCGUGUACUCUGUAACACUUUUGUCACCACCGACCAAGGAACAGGAGUUGUGCACCAGGCACCUUAUUUUGGCGAAAUUGAUUACCAAAUCUGUCUUGAAAAUGGCGUGAUUACAAAGGAUAUGAAGAUCAUAUGUCCAGUAGACGAAAGUGGAAGAUUCACAAAAGAAGUCACGGAUUUCGCUAACUUGUACGUGAAGGACGCAGACAAGCAGAUAUGCAAAAAUCUGAAAGAGCGCGGAUAUCUAAUAAAGCAGGGCGAAGUUAAACACUCGUAUCCUUUCUGCUGGCGUUCCGACACACCUCUUCUCUACAAAGCUGUUCCUUCUUGGUUUAUUCGCGUAGAACAGAUUAUUCCUAAGCUACUUGCCAACAACGACCAGACUUAUUGGGUCCCUUCGUUUGUGAAAGAAAAGAGAUUUGCAAACUGGCUACGCGAUGCUCGUGACUGGGCCGUGUCGCGUAAUCGUUUCUGGGGAACCCCGAUUAACUUAUGGGUUAGCGAUGAUCUGGAAGAAAUCGUGUGCCCAGGAAGCAUAGCAGAAUUAGAGAGCCUAACCGGCACAAAAAUCACCGAUAUUCAUAGAGAGAGCGUUGACCAUCUAACCAUUCCGUCCAAAACUGGGCGUGGCGUGUUGAAGCGAGUAACAGAGGUGUUCGAUUGCUGGUUUGAAUCGGGAUCCAUGCCAUAUGCUCAAAAUCAUUACCCAUUUGAGAACAAGAAAAUCUUUGAGGAUAAUUUCCCGGCUGACUUUAUUGCGGAGGGAAUUGAUCAAACCAGAGGAUGGUUCUAUACCUUGCUUGUGCUUUCAACGGCACUUUUCAAUAAACCGCCAUUCAAGAAUCUAAUUUGUAAUGGGCUUGUGCUUGCUGCUGACGGAAAUAAAAUGUCGAAGCGGAAGAAGAAUUAUCCGGAUCCGAUGGAGGUGGUUCAAAAAUAUGGUGCAGACGCCCUGCGUCUUUAUUUGAUAAAUUCUCCUGUUGUGCGUGGAGAAAACCUGCGUUUCCGAGAGGAAGGAGUUCGAGACCUUUUAAAAGAUGUUUUCCUUCCAUGGUUCAACGCUUACAGAUUUUUCGUACAAAAUGUGCAGCUAUACGAGCAUGAAACUGGCAGUGUGUUUUCGAUGAAGGACACAAUUAGCGAAAAUGUGAUGGAUAGGUGGAUUGAGUCGUUUACGAACAGUUUGGUGCGAUUUGUCCGUAAAGAAAUGUCUCAGUAUCGUCUUUACGCCGUUGUCACCCCUCUAACACGGUUCUUUGAUACCCUCACAAAUUGUUAUAUUCGUCUCAACCGAAAGAGGAUAAAGGGAGAUUUUGGUGCGAAUGAUCAAACGCAUGCACUUUCUGCUCUUGGUCGAGUUCUAAUCAUAAUUGUCCGGCUCAUGUCUCCCUUCACACCAUACUUUUGUGAAUAUGUUUGGCAGAACUUACGGAAGGUGACCGGUGCCACAGAGGAAUCUGUCCACUUUACCAUGCUACCAACACCUGAUGACAGUCUAAUUGAUGAGUCUGUGGAACGACGAGUUCAGGCAAUGAGAGACUGCAUUGAUUUAGUGCGGGUGCUACGGGAACGUAAAGGAAUUCCUGUUAAGUAUCCACUUAAAGAGAUGAUUGUUGUUAAUCGCGAGCGUCAAUUUCUGGAUGAUCUGAGAAGUCUGGAGCAUUAUAUCUUGUCAGAAGUUAACGUGCGCAAAUUGACUGUAUCACAAGACAAACAGAAGUACGGCAUUACUUUAAAGGCUGAGCCCAACUUCCGCCUCCUUGGUACACGCUUGAAAGGUGAUCAAAAGAAGGUGGUAGACUAUCUCAAAACACAGAUAAAAGAGAGUGAAUUGGAGGAUUUCCUUGAAACAGGGAAACUUACUGUAUUUGGGCAUGAGCUUUCCUCUGAAGAGGUUUAUGUGAGCUACACCAGCGGCCAGGGUGGAGCGAAAGACCAUGGGUACGAAACCCAUUCAGAUGGAAAGACUAUUUUAAUGCUCGACACCUCAGAAGAUUCAUCACUUGUUGAAGAAGGUCUUGCUAGAGAGAUCACUAAUAGGGUGCAGAAACUCAGAAAAGCGGCGAAACUAGUCUCAACGGAUCCAGCUGUAGUCUAUUGCGUGGUUAAACCAGAAACGACUCAACUGGCUACAGUAGUGGGUUCCUAUAAAGAGAAAAUUGAAGAGGCGACAGGAACGCCUAUGAGGUUGGAGUUGUUGCCUUCCGACAAAUCUGCUACCGUCUCUAGUGUGAGCACAGUAAAGGAUGCUGAAGUAUCACUGUGGCUAGUUGUUAGUGAUGCCCUGAAGGACGUGGUUACUGUAGGAUGCAAUGGGAAGACAGUUCGUAUUCACUUGAAGUCAGGCUCCGAGAAAAUGCUAAGUUACAACGAUCUUCUUUAUGAGAUUCGUUCUGCUUUGGAUUUGUGGGAAGGCAAAUUUUGGCUGAUGCUAUCAGACGGGACACGAUUUCAUCCAACUGCGUCUGUCGAGGCGUUGAGUGGGCAAGCUGUGAAACUCGAAUUUUAG